UUUGGACUGAAUUCAGAAUACGGAGCUGCAAACCUAGAAUUGUAGAUUCUGUAAUUGAAAUGGAAGAUACAAAAAGUGAUGUCCUGUCUGGAGUGUGUAUUAUUGAAAAUUCUGCUUUAUCUGUUUUUGCUAAGUCAGGUGAAGAUUUUAUAGUAAAUAUCCCUUUUCAGGUUAAUAGAGCUUGGUCAUCUAAAUAUGGAAUAAUAUUUGAAAGAAAUACUACUACUGAAGGAUUCCAGAGUGGCUCAAAAACCAAUCAACCAGAUAGCUUACCUGUGAUAUUCAGCAUGAUGCAUCCUCUUGAUGAUAUAGCACCUGUCGUUAAACGAUCAGUGAGUACAUCAACAAAUCCACAAUCAACUCCACAACUGAAAUACUUUUGUGAUCCGUCAGAAGAAAUUAUAUUCUGUAAUUUGAAUCCAUCACUUAUAAUGACAUAUAAUAAAAAAGGCUUUCAUUCUGUGUGGAAGUUGCGGACUACAACAUUUGAGGAAGCUGAAUUUGCUUGUUCUAAAAUUCAAAUAGAUUCACAGAAUAAUCCUGUUCAUACUCCUGUUACUAGAGCUUCAUCGUAUUCAUCUAAAAGUAGUCAUUCUAAGUUGAAUCUUUCACAUCAUACUCCUGGGCAUAGCACUCAUUCUCCCUUUCGGAGCUUCCCAUCCAGUUGUGUUAAUUCACCAGCAGGUUCUCGUUCUAUGAGCCCAUCUGCUUCUGGUCUUACUCAUAUGGCCACAUUGAGCCGUUCCCAUCCCCCAUCAUGCAACAGUAGUGCCUCUCAUUCUCAGAAUUUCACACCACUUAGUGCCAUAAGUCAUAGAAGCCCACUUUCUCCUAUGACAAAUAAUAAUACUUGUAAAUUUAUGGAACCACUAGCUCCUGACAUUUGUUUUGAUCAUGAAUGGUCUGAAAGUCACAGUGCAGGACAUACUACAAAAGCAUCAAAAGCAUUUCUGUCUGUGGAUAUGACAGGACAUAAUUUCCUGUGUUACUUCUUUAAAGAGCAAUUUGUCUUACAGUUGGUUAAAUUUGAAGAAAGUAAUGAUACCAAUCGAUGGAUAUUUGGAACCUCAAGUUGUAUUCCAGCUUUGGAUGCAGAGUCACUUCCUGAUUUGAACCUUAUUAUUACUGUUGAUACUAAUUGCACUAUAUCAUUAUAUACUGGACUGAUUAAGGUUGCUAAAGUUCAUGUGGCAGAUAUCUUUGUUCCAUCAAAUGAUGUUUCAUCAUUUUCAGUGUCUUUUCCAUCUAUAUGUUAUACUACUCCUAAGAGAGAAAGCUUUAUUGCAUCCACUAGGCCUCCAAGUGCAACGUCUACAAAGUUUGGUGAUGAAAACAAAGUAUUAUCUCCUGUUCCUAUGAUCACAGAGGAAACAUUUAGUAAACCAGUAUUAUAUGAUGAAAUGUUAUUUUUUCAUGUUGGUCCUGUGAAAAGUGUAAGAGAUGUUGUAAAAAAUCGUGUUACAUUGGAAACAUGUAUGGGUUUGUAUCGACUACAAAUACCAGAAAUAGCUGUAUCAAAAACUGUUAUGAAAUGCUUAGAGGCUCUUAAACAUAUUUUGCCAAGAGAUGUGUAUACAAAUGUGUUUGUCAAAUGGUAUUCAUGCAGAAAUGCUCCUGGUCCUAGUGACAUGAAUACUGAAUCAGAGUUAAAUGCUUUCUUAUUAUGUUUACUUGGUGCAUUGGGAUUUGACACAGAGAAAGUUUCCCUCUGGAAUUUUUUAAAGCAGGUUUCCUUAGUUCCAGCACAAAUAAAGAAGCAAAAAAUUCAUGAGAAAGGCUGUGAUGAUGAUUGGUCAUAUUUAUUAGCUACAAAUUUGCACGAGCAAUAUUGUGAAUUAAGGCUAGCAUGUGAUUCUAGUAAGCACAAUCUAAUCUCUUCAGACAUCAGCACAUUUAAUACAUCAACAAUACUUUUUCCAUAUAUGGCUCAUGUCCUUUUUGCUCUACAUUUAGUUUAUGAGGACUGUAAAUUAGAUAUCACACUUUGGAAUGACCUGUCUCAAAUGUGCAGCUUCCUUUCAGAAUUAGCAAGGGAGCUUAGACAAUAUAAAUUUUUGGAUCACUAUUGGAAAGACUUUCCAAACCAGUUUAAUUCUUUAAAUAAGCAUUUUAUGCUUUCAGAAGAUCAAAUUCAAAUGAUUCAUUAUCCAAAUUAUUUUGUGAAUGCUCCAUGUGUUUAUACCUGGAUAAAAGAGUAUCUUUCAUCUGGUAGAUGUCAACCUUUUCCUUACAUUCCACAGGUUACAAAUAUGUUGUGUCAUAUUAUUAUGGUUUAUGCCAUAUUAGCAUCAGUUGAUCAGCCAGCACAGAAGGUUCAAGAUUAUCUUUCUCAAAUUAUUGUUCCAGGUGUAAGAAUUAAAGAUUUGCUUGAUGACAAUUUGCUUGCUUCUUGUUACAAAAUCAGUACCAAUCCCAAAAAGGCUGCUAUUUUUUUCCUUACAAAAAUAGGCUUUACAGUAAAAGAUCUGACUUCUUUACCCAUUGGUCUUGCAUUGCCAAUUAAAGACGCAAUUCUAAAUUGUUGGCGUGAGCCAUCUUGUUUGUGGUCCAAAGAUAUGUUUGAUUUAAUUGGCAGGCGUGAUUUAUCAUCAUUAGAAGUGUGUGAGCAGAAGCAUAUACAGUAUAAUUUGAAUAAGACAAAAAAUGAAGCUGGUAAAAAUGGUAACAACCGAGAAACUGAUGAUGGACUGUGUCAUUUAGAUUUAGAAGUACUACGUUUAAGAUUCAGUCAAGAUCAUAGAAUCCAUGAUGUUUAUCAUAUGUUGCAGUCAUCUAAACCUGUUCGAAUAGCUUUACAACAAAGACCUGAAGUUAGUGAUCAUGAAUUUAUUGAAGAACAAGAAAGGCACUUAUACAGUUUGUGCAUUCGCACUAUGGCAGCUACUGUUGGAAGGGGAAUGUUUACUCUCAGAACCUAUAGUCCUGUAGUGACAGAGAUAUUGCCCAUUCCAAGGUUAUGCUUGACUGGCCGUGCACCUCCUAGGAACACCACUGUGGAUUUGUCUCAUAUUGAUGUUCCAGCAAACAUGAAUAUGUGGCCUCUUUUUCAUAAUGGUGUUGCUGCUGGCUUAUCUAUCUCACCAAAUGCAUCAAAAAUUGAUUCAACCUGGAUGGUGUACAAUAAGCCUCGACCUACUAAUGUUGAUUCUCCAACUGAACAUGCUGGUUUCCUUAUGGCAUUAGGAUUAAAUGGACAUCUGUCUAGGCUUACGACAUUGAGUAUACAUGAUUAUCUGUGCAAAGGUCAUGACCUUACAAGUGUUGGAAUACUUUUAGGUGUGUCAGCAGCAAAACGGGGUACUAUGGACUUGAGUGCUACUAAGAUGCUAAGCAUUCAUAUUGAAGCACUUUUGCCACCGACUUCUACAGAACUAGAUGUAGCUCCUGCUGUGCAGGUAGCUGCUGUAAUGGGCCUUGGUUUGUUAUAUCAGGGUUCUGGGCAUCAUCACAUGGCUGAAGUACUUUUAGGAGAAAUAGGAAGACCACCUGGUCCUGAAAUGGAACAUUGCAUUGAUAGAGAAAGUUAUUCUUUAGCUGCUGGAUUAGCUUUGGGGCUCAUUACAUUGGGGAAGGGUAAAGAAAUGUCUGGUGUUGCUGAUUUACCUAUGGCAGAUCAGUUAUACCAUUAUAUGGUUGGAGGGCAUAAAAGACCUUUGACUGGAAUUCAUAAAGAAAAGCACAAAUCUCCAAGUUAUCAAAUUCGUGAAGGUGAUAAUGUGAAUGUUGAUGUCACUAGCCCUGGAGCAACAUUAGCAUUAGGGAUGAUGUUUUUUAAUACAGAUAAUCAUGCUAUAGCAGAAUGGAUGACAGGCCCUGAUACACAAUUUCUACUUGACAUGGUUCGUCCAGACUUCUUAUUGCUGAGAACAUUAAGUAAAGGUUUGAUACUUUGGUCGUCUGUUCAUCCAUCUGUGAAGUGGGUUAAAAGUCAUUUACCUGAGAUUGUUGCCAAACAUGCAUUCCAGAGAGGGAAUACACAUUCUGAUGUUGACCAUGAGACUAUGAGCCAAGCGUAUUGCAAUAUUAUUGCUGGUGGUUGCUUUUGCUUGGGUUUAAAAUUUGCAGGAUCUUCAAACAGUGAAGCUUUUGAGACAUUGAUGCAGUAUGCAAAACAUUUCCUUUCAUUAUCUCGCAAACUUGUUGGGGAUCCAGGUGGACGAAGUACCAUAGAGACGUGUUUAAAUGUUGUUGUUCUGUCAUUAGCUAUGGUUAUGGCUGGUACUGGAGAUUUAGGUGUAAUUCGUAUUUGUCGCCAUUUAAGAUCUAGAGUUAGUCAAGCUUCAAGCUAUGUUUUAUAUGGUUCUCAUAUGGUUACUCAUAUGGCUUUGGGUCUACUUUUCUUAGGUGGAGGAAGGUAUUCUUUGAGCACAUCUCCUUUAUCCAUUGGAGCUUUGGUCUGUGCUUUUUUCCCCAAAUUUCCUCAACACAGUAAUGAUAAUAGAUACCACUUGCAGGCUUUUUAUCAUCUGUAUGUUUUAGCUGCGGAACCUCGAUUAAUAAUUCCACGCCUCAUAGAUUCACAUAAACCUGUGUAUAUCAACAUUAAAGUUAAAUUUAAGGAUACUCCUUUUUAUCAAAAUGCUGAAUACACUGUCAGAGCACCUUGUUUACUUCCAGAAUUGAAAUUUCUAAAGCAGGUAAUUAUUGAAGAUUCAAGAUAUUGGCCGAUUGUAUUUGAUUGUGAUGAAAACUGGGACAUAUUACGCAACUUACUUGAAAAAGGUGGUACUCUUCAUGUAAUGCAGAAUGCUGGUUGUUUACCGUACAGUGAAGAUCCUCAGGGCUUUCGAAGUUUAUUAGCACAGUCAUACAUAUGGAGUAAUGUCCAUGCAUGGAAUAUAAAGAAUGUUCCUAUAUCAAAUUUUUCCUCUGAUCCAGUGGCUCUAAACUUUGCCUCAUGUUUCUUAAAAACUAUGGCUGUAAGCAAAAAAGAAAAAGAAUGGCAACAGAAAGUUUGUGGGUUCUUGUUUGAAUGUGCAUCCUUAGAAAAAAUGGAAGCUCUGCCUAUCUGUCUCGCAAUGAUUCAGAUGGCAAAACAAACUGAUUUCAAACAACAUACAUUUGAAUUAUGGCAAAUUAAACUUGUUGAGGCAUAUGAGAAGUGGAUUAAGAGGUAUUCAUCUCAUUACACUGAUUCCUUGACACUCUUGAGACCAGAUUUUAGUCUUACUGUAACCAGUGAAGUAGGAAUUGCUACUAAAGCAGCAGUGAAAGGAUAUGAAGAAUACUUAUUGCAUUAUAUAACUCAAAACUGGAAUUCUAGAGGUGAUGUUAUUGCUAAUUAUCCAGGUGUCCUAGUAGGAUUUCUGUUGUUACUUGACAUAAAUCACAUGAGUCCAUUUAAUAUGCAGUUUCCAACAGGUGAAAUAUGUUUACCUUGGCUUUACAGUCAACUUCGUCAUCUCAACUUACCUGUAUCAUCAGUUAUGUCAAUUUCAUCUUUGUUGUCUCCACACAAAUCAUCUGCAUUAAAAUAAUAUGGCAAUGUGUAAACUUCAUCUAAUAAUUUAAUGUAAAUCAUUUUUGGAUAUUUUUCCAGUACAGCUAUAAGUUGUAUUAUGUUUUUGUAAAAAAAAUAAAGAAGCAUAUAUAAUUUUUUUGAAUAAUGAAUAAAACAUAAAAUGUGUAUAUAAAAUACCAUUUUAUUACAUUAAUUAAUGUUCUAUUUCUAAAGUAAAUUAAUAGUCAUAAUAAAUUUUUUACACUUUUCUUACUUUGUUAAAAUGUAACAAGAAUGUCUGAAUCCAAGGAAUUUUUUGUUGUUGUUGUUUUAUUAUUAUUAAUACUUUAUGAAGCAAAGUGCAGAAACUUGUGUUUAAGAUUAAAAUAGAAUGAAUGUAAUUGACACUUUGUAAAACUCUACUGCCAUUCAUAUAUCGAGAUAUAAAAAUAUUUACAUUUUCUUUGUAUACGAGUAAAUUAAUCACUUAAUAUGAUAUUUGCAUUUGAAUACUUUUGUUAGAUUUUAGUAACUCUGAAAAAUAGUACUAAUAUCUGUCAUGCAACAUAUCAGGUAGAAAUUUUUCCAGCUCUCCAUAUUUAAUGAAUUCAUAAUUUUCUUUAGGUUCGUGCAAGAAUUGUCAUCAAAAGGAACAUUUUAUACUGUCUCAUGAUUAAUGACUAGAAGUAGGAAAAUGAUAAAUAUUUUGAGAAUUGCUGUUUUUAUUGUGAUAUAAAACUGUUUUCAAACCA